CCGCCAGCUGGAGCAGCCGAGCAUUGUUUUUAUUUCGGCAGCAGAUGAGUUGCCGUUGAAGGAAAUUUUUGACAGAUUUCGACAACUUCACUAAAAUAAUGAGUCAGAGUGGCGCGAGGGCUCGUCAGGCUGUCAAUUCACCUGAGCAAGUUACCCUGAGCGUCAACGAGAGGAUUCUGAAAGAAUGUCACACCAUGUACACGGACCCUGAGAGAGGUCUGAUAAAGCUGGGAGAGCUGCUCGGACUUAAACUUCUGGCGCCGAGGAAGAAAGUCACCGUGAUGCUAAUCGGCAACCAUUCGGCAGGAAAAUCCUCCUUUAUCAAUUGGUAUAUUGAGGAGCACGUGCAAAGAACUGGCGUCGCAAUUGAGACACAGGGUUUCAUAAUUGUCACGAGUGGAAAGAAGAGGGAGACUUUGAUGGGAAAUGCCACAUUGCACCUGUAUCCGCAUCUUAAACCUCUAAGCAGAAUCCCAGGUGUUGUGGAUUUCCUGUCCACUGAGAUAUCCACAUCAAAACAAAAGAAAUUUCCUCUGGUGACUUUUGUGGACACGCCUGGCCUUGUCGAUGGAGCCUUGCAGUACCAUUUUGAUGUCAACGAUGCCAUUCUUUGGCUAGGGUCAAUGGCCGAUUUGGUUUUUGUCUUCUUUGACCCCAUCGGCCAAGCUCUGUGCAACAGGACAGUGUCUUUGGUGGAAAAAAUGAAUUUCCAACACGCCGAAAAAAUGCGCUUCUACCUUUCAAAGGCUGAUGAUGCUGGCACAGAAGCAGACAGACAAAAGGUUAUGAUGCAAAUUGUCCAAGAACUAUGCAAACGACCAGGCCUCAACAAGACGGGUUUUGAUAUGCCCACAAUCUACAUUCCGGACAGUAACAAACCAACUAGAUGUGUUAAUCAGAUUGAGGACGCUUGCCGAGAGAUAGAAAAAACUAUAAACCAAACUAUUCAAAGCGCUUUGAACACCCUGGGUAAAGACUGCGAAAAAAUUAUGAAACUGGCUAGAGAGAAGCUGGCGGUGAAUGAUGCGGCCAGCAAAGACAACAUGAAAGCAACCACAAGAGGACUCGUCUUUUCUGGUGUUGCCUUUUUGCUGCCACUUCUGUUAAUUCUCCACCUUGUGAUUGAGUUUGUUUCUGAAAAGACGUUGAGAGCCAAUUUGGGAAAUGCUGUAAGUGAUUACGUCCUGCUAGCUUUGACUCCGGCCAAAUUCCUGUGGACCAUGAUUCCGGAAGGCAGCAAAUUAACUACUCUUGGAGUUUUGCUCAUCAGUUCGAUUGUGUUUGGGGUUGUUGCCAAGUGGUGCUCAGGCAGGAGACCAACACUGCCGAGAAAAACAAAACAGGCCUUACUGGAUACAAAUACAUUCAUUAAGGAAGUGAUAAUUCCUAAGAGACAACAACUUUACAGAGAGUACUUGGAACAAAGUGUUGGAGAGUAUGACCUUUGAUGAUAUUAUUAUUUUUCAAGAAGUGCAACUUAUAACCUGAAUCUCCGCAUUCCUAACUUCAAGCUUCAUCAUAAAAUGGUGUUGAUCAAUGUGUUCUUUUUUGCUCCGGAAUUUAUAUAUAUAUUUCAAUCAUUAGCUUGCGUAUUUUAUUAGUCUGCAUGCAGAAUCCAUUUGCAAUUAUUAUUAUUUCUGUUUUGUACUGCAUGAACAUUCCUGAAAAUCUCUUAUUGCAUUUAUUUUAUUGAAAUUUCCGUCAAAAUAAAAUGAACUCUUUUGAGCUAU